AUGAAUGACAUUCAAAACACUGAAAUGAUUAAUAGUAAGUGUGAAAUGCAAUUUAUCAUUAAAAAUAAUCUAAAGUUACAUCACAAAGGGAUGGAGUAUGUUUUUACAAUAUUCAAUCAAUUGGGAUGUAACUGUGAUUCAUUUGUAAACAUGAGAAUAAGAAAUGAUAAUAAUAUAAAACAAGAAAUGAUAAAUAUACAAAAUAAUAUAAAUACAAUAAUAAGAAUAAAAUACAUAUAUAUAAAUAAGAAAUAA